AUGGCUACCACUACUGAACCACGGCGUUCAAAGCGACCUCCAAUCCAACUUUAUGUUCCUCCAAAUCUUCGUGAUCGCAUUUCGACCCAGAAACCGAAAUCAUCUCAUUGUGGGAACGAAAUCUCUGAGAACGCCUCCGGCGUUCUCCCUACCGAACCUCUUACACAACUCACUCUUAGUGAGUCAAGUGUUCAGAACGUGGACUUGCAGAUUUCAGUAGAGAAUCCAGAAGAUAUUCAAGUCCCUGUCGGUCCUUCACAUAGCCCUCCUCAGUGUGAUAACAAACUCUCUGAGAACGACUCUACCGAUCCCUUAACUGAGUCUCCAAAACAACCCGUUUCUAGCGAGUCUGGUGUUGACGAUUUUGGCCUCCUGAUUUCAUGCGAGAAACCAAAACCUGAUACCGGAAUUCCUGAGAAUACCUCCAGUUACCCCUUUACCGUAUCUUCUAAACAACUCACUAUUAACGAGUCUAGUGUCGAGGAUUUCGACCCCCCGAUAUCGGCCGAGAAAGCAGAAGAGGCUAUUAAGGUCCCGAUCGGUGCUUCAAAUAAUCCCCCUCAAUGUGAUAACGGAACCUUUCGGGACGCCCCUACCGAUCCCUUCGUCGAAUCUAAGCAACUCACGAUUAGCGAGUCUAAUGUUGAAGAUUUUGGCCUCCUGGUUUCAGGUGAGAAGCCACAAGAGGUUGUUAAGGUCCCUGUCGGUGCCUCAAACAAACCUCCUCAGUUUGGUCACGAAGUCACCGAAAAUGCCUCUUACGAUCCCUUCACCGAAACGUUCAAAGGACUCACUAUUAAAGAGUCUAGUUUUGAGGACUUCGGCCUCCUGGUCUCAGCCGAAAAACCAAAAGAGGUUGUUAAGGUGCCCGUCGGUGCUUCAAGCAGCUCUCAUCAGGAACCAGACCUUGACUACGACAAGUUGGGCCACAUAAUUGAGUUGUACGGCUUCUCGCCGAGCAUAGAGACGAUGUUUCUGGAGUCGGAGCUGCGCGACUUCGACGAGGGCGGUUACGUGUUGAAAUGGGUGGACGACAGUCAUUGUUUGGCUGUGUUUUCCUCCAGUUCAACGGCAGAAAGAGCCCUCCAGAGAAUCACUGGCAUCGUUGUUAAGGCACGUCCAGUUGAAGAAGCCUCAGUAGCCAGUAAGUGGAAGAUCGCCAAGUCGCCUGGCGACUGGGCUCUGCCGUACAAGAAGAGACCGCCCUGCGACAGCACUGUUGCCAAUCGCCUCAUUUCCUCCCACCUCGGCUUGCCAGCUCCGAAACCCUCCCCCUCCGCUCUUCAGGCCCGCAAGGAGGCUCUAGAGAGGAAGCUGCAAAAGAAGCGGAACCAGCGAGCAAUGUGGGGUGACGACUAA